CGCGGGGCCGGUGUCACUAUGCUGGCCCCGGUGAGCGGGAACCCCCCCAACCCGAGGAGGGUCGUGGUGCGGGAAGCCGGAGUGAAGGAAUCGCCCUCCUGGUGUCCGAGCGUUUGUGUAAGGACAUGCCUUGUCAGGCUGAAGCAGGACGGAUCCCAGUCCCCCAUCUCCACCAUAUUCUUCCCGGCCGUUUCCAAGGCGUUUUCAGGCAGGUGACAGGAUGCCGGUGGAUCCUGGAUAUGUGUAGCACAACUGCAAGGCGUUAAAGCAGAACUCCAAGAGCAUGGUCAAUGUUGGGUGUGUGCCAAAGAAGGUGAUGUGGAACACGGCGGUCCAUGCGGAGUUCGUCCACGAUCACGCUGACUAUGGCUUUGAAACACCAGGUGUAAAGUUCAACUGGAGGACCAUCAAGGAGAAGCGUGACGCGUAUGUGCGGCGCCUUAAUGACAUCUACGAGAACAACGUUAAGAAGGCUCACAUUGACAUCAUCCGAGGCUAUGGCAAGUUCACUGCUGAUUCCGAGCCAACCGUUGAGGUGGAUGGGAAAAAGUACACAGCUCCUCACAUUCUUAUAGCCACGGGCGGGCGCCCGGCUCUCCCUUCUGACAGCGAAAUUCCUGGUGCUAGUCUGGGGAUGACCAGUGAUGGCUUCUUCGAGCUGGAGGAGCUGCCCAGGCGCAGCGUCAUUGUCGGGGCCGGCUACAUCGCCGUGGAGAUCGCGGGGAUCCUCUCCACGCUGGGCUCCAAAUCGUCCCUGCUCAUCCGCCACGACAAGGUCCUGCGAACCUUUGACUCCCUGAUCAGCUCAAACUGCACCCAGGAGCUGGAAAACACCGGGGUGGAUGUCUGGAAGCACACACAGGUCAAGAGGGUCACUAAGUCUCCGUGUGGGCUGCUGGAUGUGACAGUGAGCUCGUCAGUGCCUGGCCAUAAGCCAACAGAGGGGGUGAUCCGGGACGUGGACUGCCUGCUGUGGGCCGUGGGGCGGGAGCCCAACUCCGAGGGGCUGUGCCUGGACAAAGUGGGUGUGCAGGUGGACCCCAAGGGCCACGUGGUUGUGGAUGAGUACCAGAACACCACCAGGAGAGGGAUCUAUGCCCUCGGGGAUGUCUGUGGGAGAGCCCUCCUCACCCCAGUGGCCAUCGCAGCUGCCAGGAAGCUGGCCCACAGGCUCUUCGAGGGCAAGCAGGACUCCCGGCUGGACUACGAGAACAUCCCCACGGUUGUUUUCAGCCACCCGCCCAUCGGCACCGUGGGGCUCACUGAAGAGGAGGCCGUGGCCGUACAUGGGAAGGACAAGGUCAAGAUCUACAACACAUCCUUCACUCCCUUGUACCAUGCUGUCACCCAGAGGAAGGUGAAGUGUGUCAUGAAGCUGGUGUGUGCUGGCAAGGAGGAGAAGGUGGUGGGAUUGCACAUGCAAGGGCUGGGCUGUGACGAAAUGCUGCAGGGCUUUGCUGUGGCCGUCAAAAUGGGGGCCACCAAGGCCGACCUGGACAACACGGUUGCCAUUCACCCCACUUCUGCCGAGGAGCUGGUGACACUGCGCUGAGGCCGAGGGCACAGACACCCCGGGAUGGCAGCUGCAGCUGGGAAAAAUGUUUUUAAGUGUUUGCAAAAGUGCCUUACUGCCGGGUGGGUGCCUGGAGGGGGUGUCUGUAACGUUGAUGUGGCUUGUUCUAGAGUGGGAAGUAAACAUGCUGAUGCUGGCGAGUC